AUGGAAGCAAGUGAGAUUUCGGUCAACAUUACAGUGGCUUCUAAUGGGUCUGGUGAUUACAAGACAAUCAUGGAUGCAGUAAAAGUUGCGCCAUCUAAAAGCUCAGAACGUUUUGUAAUUUAUAUCAAGAAAGGUACCUAUAGGGAAUUCGUGUCUAUUCCAAGUGACAAAUGGAAUAUGAUGAUGGUUGGGGAUGGUAUCGACCAGACUAUAAUUUCAGGAAAUCGAAGCAACACCACUGGCUGGAGAACAUAUGGAUCAGCCACAUUCGGUGUUGAUGGUAAAAACUUCAUAGCAGUGAACAUGACAUUUGAGAACACUGCAGGGCCAGAAGGAGGCCAAGCUGUGGCACUUCGAUCAGACUCUGACUAUUCAGUCUUCUAUCGUUGUGGUAUAAGUGGUUACCAAGAUUCAUUAUACGCACACAAAAAUCGCCAAUUCUAUAGAGAAUGCCAAAUAAAGGGCACUGUCGAUUUCAUCUUUGGUGAUGCAACCGCAGUCUUUCAAAAGUGUGAUAUUCUUCCAAGACAAGCUUCGCCAGGACAAUCCAACACUAUCACAGCUGAAGGCCGAGAACAAGUAAAUGCCACAGGUGGCUUUUCUUUCCAUAUGUGCACUAUAUCUGGGGAUUCAGAUUUAAUUUCUUCAAACAACCCAACUCCUACAUACCUUGGUCGACCUUGGAAGACAUAUUCAAGAACUGUAUUUUUGCAAUCAUACAUGAGCAACAUCAUAAGGCCAGAAGGGUGGCUAAGGUGGAAUCCAGCCUUUGAAUCCACUUUGUUUUAUGGAGAGUACAACAAUACUGGGCCAGGUGCAAACACAGACAAGCGGGUCAAGUGGCCAGGUGUUCAUAUUUUAGAUUCAACUCAAGCUCAAAAUUACACAGUUGAUCAGUUUCUCCUUGGCAACACAUGGUUGCCUUCCACUGGUAUACCGUUCGAUGGAGGAUUAGUAGGCUAAACAAAUGUAUUACCAAAAACUAUGAUAAUAAUAAAUAAAACGUGUUUAGAACUUUAAUAUGCAAUCCAAAUGAUAGCAAUAGUAUUCGUAGCUUUAAUGCUUUUGUUCAUAUAUAUAUCAUAAUGUGUUUGAAGUUUUAAUACUUUCUGGUUGCUUUUGGUUAGGCAAUGUAGCAACGACAACCAUAAGGGGGUAACAAUUUAACUGUGAGUAUAUAUUCACUCAAAAGACUACUCAAAUCAAAUUCUAAUUAACUCAAUUAGUAAAAAUUUUUUUAUGGUUAAAUAAAAGAUCUUGAAUUAAAUCCUAGAAAUUAAUGAUAAAAAACAGUCAUUAUAGAGCAAACACGUUUCAAAUCCUAUAAUAUCUCUUAAAAACUAUAAAUGUAAAUCAAAUACUCGUGG